CACCAAGACUGAAGUGCACACUAAAGAUAGUAAAAGGGCAACGCCAGAUGGCAUCGGUGCACAGAAGCAAGCAGCUGAGGUCAACGGGCUCCCGGGCAGCAUUGGGUCACAGCUGGUUAUACCUCAACCCUACCUCCACUACCUCCAGUUACACCAGCAGCUCCUUCAACAGCAGCAGCAGCAACAACAAGAGCUGGUAUCAGUUAUGGCGCUUGGGAUUCAGCCGGUUAGUUUUUAGUUAUCCUUCAUUACCACUGUGAACAGAUUUAGAGCACACCCCUUCCAUUAUAUGGGCCUUAAGCUGAUAACAUAUUUUAAAUAUAAUUUGUGGGAUCUGUCUGGCAAUGAUAACAUUGUCUUCCUCACAACCAAAAAGGUAGUUAAUUCAAAAUCAUCUUGGGUUGUUCCCAGCUGUGGGAAAAUUGCCUAAUAAUUGGAAUGCACUCAUCAGCCCAGUAAGGCAAGAAAGACUUUUUUUUUUGGGGGGUGAGGAAAAGUGGGGCCCUACCCCACCUGUGAUGUAAUCUUUCUGGAAGCUGACAAGGGCAAAAAUAUUGAAGCACUGAAGCCAUCUGAGUAAAAAACAUGGCCAGUACACACAAUAGCUGCAGUCUUACCAGACAACUGAAGCUGCCAGAGAUAUUUUUAAAUAGAGGUGUCCAUGGUGCAGAGAUGUCCAGUAGCCCCUGAAAGGUAUCCAGUAUAAAGACAUCUUUACACAAGACAUCCUCAUUUUCAUGGCAUGCUUUUAAAAAAAUGUCCCCAGUCAACAGCAGAGUUGUAGAAGUUUUGUUUUAAGAAAUCAAAGAAUUAUGCUGAGCACCUGAGAAAAUGUUUAAGGCAUUGUGUGGGUGUGAAGAAUUCCUAGUUCUGCCACCAUUCACAACUCACUCAGCUCCCACAAUAUGUGCAGAGCCAUUGGAUCUACCACUGUGACCAGCACAAGAGGUUACCAGGUAUUAUCACCUGUUUCUUCCUCACCUCAUUUAACGGACGAGGCUGGCGCCCUGGGAAAGUUGGCUGUGGCCUUAUCCUCUGGUUUGAUGUGAAAUCAAAGAAUUAUGCUGAGCACCUGAGAAAAUGUUUAAGGCAUUGUGUGGGUGUGAAGAAUUCCUAGUUCUGCCACCAUUCACAACUCACUCAGCUCCCACAAUAUGUGCAGAGCCAUUGGAUCUACCACUGUGACCAGCACAAGAGGUUACCAGGUAUUAUCACCUGUUUCUUCCUCACCUCAUUUAACGGACGAGGCUGGCGCCCUGGGAAAGUUGGCUGUGGCCUUAUCCUCUGGUUUGAUGUGAUCCCCUCUGUCAUUUAGAGCUUAAAACAACCCCAGUCUCAUGUUGGCCGAACCCCAGUGGUGGUUGGGGAGGUUUUUCUUUCACAGCAGCAAUUCUAAAGAAUAUGGUCCCGCCCCUCCCCCUUCCCCCAUUAUGUGAUUGUCUAACUACAAGGACCUCCUUACUUCUCCCAUCACUGUCUGUUAAAUAUCUGAUCAGAUAAUACUAGAAAAUGAACAAGUUUUAAUCUUGAUGAGAAGAAGUUCAGGUUGAAACCGGUAUAUCUCAAUAUGAAAAAUUGUAUUGAUUAAUCUAGAUUACACAUUUUUACUGUUGAACUUGUUCCAGAAAACGCAAAUACAGGUCCAACUGCAUAUUUUCAAGAACGUUUUGACACAGACCAAACCAGUCAUAUCUCAAUGGCCCAUCUUUGAUUCCUUCUCUAAAAUUCUAUAAAACUAUUGUGCUCAGUGUCCCGUCACAGUAAGUGAGUUUUAUGACAAUGUUGCUUAUCUCACUUCACCAGCUGUUCACCCUAGCUCUGCUCGAGUGACUGCCAUGAUAUUGGCCACCAUUCUUAGGAGAUAAGCAGCAGCAGAUGUCCUCAUGAAUCGCUUGACAAUAACUCCCACUAAUCUUAAGUUUUCGUGACUCGCUAACAGCAAAGAAAGUCAUUGCUCUAAAUAUUCGCAUUUGGAAGCUACCGUUGAACUCAGUUUAUUCAAACAUGUUACUCAUCUCAAUUUGGGUGUCCUAAUUUUUCUUUGAUAUUUUUAGGCCAGUGAAUCUAAAGACGGAGAGGGCACAGCCUCACUGACCUCCACUCCCGGUGGUCUAAGUGGUGGAGGUGGGAGUGGCGGUGGGGGGGAGGAUUGCAGUGAUGACAGCUUUGACCUGGAUGACAACAGUUAUGCAGAUGAUGAUGGCUCAGACUCGACUAAGAAGGAAGGAAAGGGACGGAUUCGACACUCCGGUAGUAAGGAUCAUUUUAUCUCCAUUGUUCUCAGAUCAGGAUAAGAUGGUGGCUAAUGGCUUAGCUAAACCCAGUUCAUUCAAUCCACUCCUGCGUAGAUUAUCAGACAGAUUUUCAUAAAAUAUAAAAAAGAUAUGGUCCUAAGGAUGGAGGUUAGUAAUUUAAUCUCUUCAGAAAAACAAAGUAAGUUCAAAUGCUCAGGCAUAUGUUAGGGUUUACACUUAUGUCCAAGGAUUGUUAGAGGUCCCUGGACUUUAUCAGACUACGAAUGGUUUUUAAAAAUUUAAAAGCUCUUAGCAAUGCCUUCCCCUGCCCCGUUGCCCACCUUGCUUAGUAAAAAUUAACAUCUUGAAAUCAGACAGAUUUUCAUAACAUAUAAAAAAAGAUAUGGUCCUAAGGAUGGAGGUUAGUAAUUUAAUCUCUUCUGAAAAACAAAGUCAGUUCAAAUGCUCAGGCAUACUUAGGGUUUACACUUAUGUCCAAAUGAUUGUUAGAGGUCCCUAGACUUUAUCAGACUACGAAUGGUUUUUAAAAAUUUAAAAGCUCUUAGCAAUGCCACACCCCCCCCCCCCACACCCCCUUCCCCCGCCCCGUUGACCGCCUUGCUUAGUAAAAAUUAACAUCUUAUUUUUAAAAAUUAAAAGCCCUUUGCAAAGCCCCCCCCCCCCCCCCCACACCCCCUUCCCCCGCCCCGUUGACCGCCUUGCUUAGUAAAAAUUAACAUCUUGAAAUCUAAAGAAGAUUGAUUCCACCAACAGUUUUAUGAUAUUUUGAACUAAACUUGCUACUGUCAGGGAUUAACAUCUCAAAUUCCACAUUGUCCAGGUGGCAGAAACAUCAAUCAGUAUGGCAGAGAAUUCACCAAUGGCAGGCCCCUGCCUGACCACCUGAGAGUUCAGAUUUUACAGCUGGCCCUUCAAGGCAUCCGUCCCUGUGAGAUCAGUAGACAACUACAGGUGUCGCAUGGCUGUGUCAGUAAGAUACUCAAUAGGUGAGAAUACAGGAGAGUUCGCCUUAACACCAGUUGUAUGUUCCCCCCUUCCAAUAUGUAUGUUUCUCACCUCCAGCAGUUAUAUAUUUCCCCCCCCCCCCAAUGUAUAUGUUGCCUCACCCCCGGUUGUAUGUCGUCCCCAAUCUGUAUGUUGCCUCACCCCCAGUUGUAUGUCGUCCCCAAUCUGUAUGUUGCCUCACCCCUAGAUGUAUGUCAUCCCCAAUGUGUAUGUUGCCAUAACCCCAGAUGUAUGUCAUCCCCAAUGUGUAUGUUGCCAUAACCCCAGUUGUACGUGAUCCCCAAUGUGUAUGUUGCGUCAUCACCAGUUAUGUAUCGUCCCUACCCGUGUGUAUGUUGCCAUAACCCCAAUUUGUAUUUGUCCCAAAUGUGUCUGGUUCAAUGUAAUCCAGGACCCCAUUUUAAAGAAGCACAGCAACUUACAACACAAAUACAUAUGAAAAAAAAGUCUUUUUAUAGGGUUAAAGAAUACACAUUAAAAAUUACACUUCAGUAUAAUAUAGUGCAAUCCUGUUUAAAUAGAUUGUUGAAAACCCAAUCUCCUAGAGAUGUGUAAUAAACACUAUUCAGAUGUGAUUCAAACUUGAAGACAGCUAUUAAAAAUGAAAAAUUUCUUUUUUUUUUAAUAGAGUUACAGAGUGAAAUUAUCCAUAAAGUUUUUGGAGUGUUUUAGGGAUGAUGUUCCAAAUAACAAACCAUGAAUCAAUUUUGAGAACAAAAUCAUACAAAUUAAUUAAUUAACUUUGUUUCAUGUGUUGUGUCCUCAGAUACCGUAAAACUGGUAGCAUCAACCCAGGUCAGAUUGGGGGCAGCAAGCCUAAGGUAACCACCCCAGAUGUUGUCAGUAUGGUCAAACAAUACAAGAUGGACAAUCCUCAAAUGUUUGCAUGGGAAAUCAGGCAGAAGUAAGUCCAUUUUAGUUGUUAUUUAAAUCAUUUAAGUAAACUUCCCUUUUGUGUGUUUAUGGCAAAAUCUUCAGAUGGCUAAUUGGCCCACUUCCCUUCAAGCUAUCAAUCUGAAACUUGACACAUAGCCUUGUUGCCAAUGACAACACAUUCUUUCAAAUUUUCAGCCCUAACCCCGAAAAAUCAUUUUUUCACAGGAAGAUGAAGGAAAUCUGACGAUACUGGUUACCCAAAAUAGCAUUCCCGAAAACUGCACUAAAUGAAAUUCUUUUUUAAAAAAUAAAUCGCAAAUGCAUUUGGUUUUAUAUGUUCAUUUCUUUUUCUGAAAUGGUCGGUAAAAUAAAUAUGCAUUGUAAAAUCAAGUGGGACAUUAGAAUAUUGAUAUAAAAAUAAAAAUUGUAUACAAAUAACUUAUAAUAAAAACUUUAUUUUUAGGGGUGGUUUAAUUUUUAAAAACCCAACCAUUUGCCAGUUUCAAGUCUCUUCAAUAUAUAAGAUGGCAAUGUGUGAAACGCAAAGACAUUUUCUGCAUGUAGUUAAUUGUAAUUUGUUUAAAAGUAGUUUUGUCAAAUUGCUAUUUCUUUGCUGUUUUCCAAAAUAAUAAAUGAGGAUGACAAUAUUAAAAAUAUAUAUAAAUAUAUGCAAAAAGAGAGCUGUAUUAUUCAGCUUUUCGGUACCAUAUCUCCACAUGGUAUGAAUCAAAUACUCUCUUACUAACAUUCCCCAAUUUCCCUGUAUUUCUUCUUUUUUUUUCUUCUGACUUAGAUUAUAUGUAUCCCUUAUUCUUAUUUUUCACAGUACUGCCAACAAAAGUUGUUGUUUUUUUUUACUGUGAUCUGAUACUUGUCAUACUUCUUUUAGUCUUAUUUUCUGAUGAAGGCUCGAAUCUGAAACGUCAAAAUCGUUUGUCCUGUUCAUGGCUUCAAGUUUUGGCACACCUUGUUCUUAUGUGUAUUAGUUAAAGAUGAUUUUUCUGGAUUUUUCAUGUUCCCCCCAUUUCCUAUAACACAUGAUUUCUGUCUGCCACAGACUGCUGCAGGAUAAUGUGUGUUCAGAGAAAAACAUACCCAGUAUAUCAUCCAUUAAUCGAAUCAUUCGGGACAAGACUCUGACUCAUCGCAGGGGUUACGAUGUGGGAGGAGAUGGAGAUGAGGUAAGAACGCGAAACCUUUGAGAAAGCAAUGGAGGCCUUGUGUUUAAUAUUCAGCAGUCAUAACCAAUUUUUUGUUUAAACAAAAUUUUCUUCUUCACAUUUAACAAGAUAAACAUACUUUACAACCCUCAAGUAUAUCUUGAAUACUCUUACUUUUAAAAGUGUUUACAUUUUAAAGCAGUCUGUCUAUCCAGACUUCCUUACAGAGUACCACUCAAUCGGUUGACUUCUUUUGUAUGUUUUUGUGCAAUAGUCAGGCAGAAUAUCUGAAAUUUAACCUACUGUGAUGCCUUGAUAUAAAACAUACAAAUUUGACAUAUACUUCUCAUCAACAGAUGGACGAACUAGGCCUAGAUGCUGAGGCCAUGCAAAGAUACAUCGCCACAAUGCCACACAUGACGGUGGACAUGUCAACAUCACCCCCUAACUCCACCCAUAGCCCCAAGCCAGACUCACAGCCCAGGUCAGCCUUUGCUGAAAUAUCUAGGCCACCGGGUGCUGCGGUGGAGAAACCUCCAAAACCAAGUUUGGAGGACUCCACAAAGUUGGUGCAGGCUGAUGAACCAUCGGUUGGCACCAGCCCAACAUUGUCUGACAUCCAGGCCAAGUCAUCUGUUGAUUCUAGUCAAAACGUAUCAUUAAUCUCAACAGUGAAAGAGGAGAAGCGAAACGCUGCAGUAUUAUCUGUCAUAGGCGCACCCUCGGGUGUGUGUGUUGGUUGUGAUGGCAGCAGGUCGAGCGACGGUGAUGGGGUCAGUGUAAAACAGGAGAUGGAGGAGACCGCCAACAAUAGAGGUUGUGCUGCUGAUGAGGAUAAGGAGGUCAUGGUUCUGACUUUGGGAAAAAAGGAUUUUAGCCCCGGGAAGGACCAUUCAGAAGGUGAGGGCGGAUAUAGCAACGGCUGUGACGGUGAAAUGCCGGGGAAAAAAUCGGGUCACUCUGUUGGUGAAACAGUGGUGAAGAAAUCAGGCCAGUCUGUUGGUGAAACAUUGGUGAAGAAAUCUAAAUCUGAAAACUCCAGGCCAAGUCUCAAUGAUGUCAUAUCUAAUUUGUCCCAUGGUG